GGGGGCGGUGGCGGCCAUUUUGGAGCAGAGCGCGGGGCCGGUCGGAGCGCAGGGAACGCGGGGCGCGGAGGGAGCGCGGAGGCACCCCCUCGCCAUGGCAGCCCCGCUCGGUACCGGCGUCCUCGCGGAGGACACUGGACAGGAGAAACAGGUCUGGUGACGGUUGGACUUCCGGCGGGGCUGGUGGGCGAGCUCGGUCUCGAUGGCGGCGUGGGGGGACAUGCAAGAGAAGGAAACAGACAACCCUGAGAGAGCGGAAGAGGCGAAACUGAAGGCCAAAUACCCCAACCUAGGCCAGAAGCCCGGUGGCUCCGACUUCCUUAUGAAGAGACUGCAGAAAGGGCAAAAAUACUUUGAUUCUGGAGACUACAACAUGGCCAAGGCAAAGAUGAAGAACAAGCAGUUGCCAAGCGUGGGGCCAGACAAGAACCUGGUGACAGGAGACCACAUCCCCACCCCACAGGACCUCCCGCAGAGAAAAUCCUCACUUGUAACCAGCAAGCUGGCAGGGUAGCCUGCACUCACAGGCUGGGUUUUUUUACUAUUUUCUUUUUUUCUUUUGGCUAAAUGGAUUGAACUUCACUGUACCAUAGGAACGGGAGCACCAGAAUCCACCUAGUUAUUUGAGUAUUUACAGCAAACACACCCAAACCGAGAAGGUGAGCGAGAGGUGCCAGUAGCCUGGGACGCACAGGCAGAUUUGAUUGGGCCGUUCCUUUUAGUGAGUUGGUUUGCUGCCUUAAUUUUCAUGCUUGCAGAGCUACUGAAGUGCUGUCUCCUCACUAGGAGAGUCAAGCAGCCCCAGGAGAAGCAGGAAAGUGCUCAGAAGAGUCCCUUGCUGUUUGCUUGGCACCGGGUAGGAGAGGAGAGCUCAGAGCUGUGGCAUGUGAAUGCUUUUCAGGUGUCAGGUAUCUGCAGAGGAAGAACCGGAUGAGCAAAAGGUGUGAUACAUGAUCUGGAAGUUUAGUUAGGUGUGUGCAUUAGAGUUUCUAAGUCAAGAAAUUAGCUGAUAUGCAAAAAAAUUACGUGGCUGUGUUGCUGGAUUGAGCUGCCUGGGGUCUGUCACCUGCUUGCACAAAGCAGCUGAGCUCACAGGAGGGGACAUGUCUGAUGGCUGCAGGAGAGGGGCCACAGUGUUUGAAACAGUCCUCGUGGCUUUGAGCUGCAAUGAGACGUUUGCUGUUUUGGGGGUAGAGCCCCACCACAGCGCAUCUGAGCACGGCUGUGACGGAGGGGUGCGGUGGGAGGUUCGCAGCUGUCCCAGAGGGUUUGGGGACAGUUUCUCUCUGGCCAGUGAGGCUGCCUUGGCAGUGGUGAGAAGUGGCUCCUCCUCCAGCUGCUGGGUGGAGAGCAAAAGGUGGUGAGCUGAAUCCCACCAGCAGCAGGGCAAUUGGGACACAGGAGAGUGUGGCCAAACAGGCUGGUCGUGUACAGCCCCUGCCUGAUGCCCAGGCUUUGGUGCUUGCAAAGUGGGGGCCAGCAGCAGCUGGUGAGGCAGAUGUGAGCUCUUGGGAGCUGAUCUUUGGAGGGAGAGAAGCAGGACUGGGAAUAAUUGCCCUAGAAGGGAAAAAAAGCACUGGAGAUGGAGAAAGUAGUGAUUAGGAAGAGAGGAGCAUAGAGGCAAACCUGUGUUGAUAGUGUCAGGCACCCCAAGCUUGGAUUUAAUUAUUUUUUCUCCCUUUUUUCUUGCCUUUUCUUUGUUCCAGGCCUGAAAAAAAGAACCAAACAAAAAAAAAAGGGGGGUGUGGGGAAGGGUUGGUGUGAUAGCUGCAACCUGCAGAAUGGUGUGUGUACUCCGUGCAUAUAAUGUCCCCUUCUCAUGCAGCAGAGAUGAAAGUGGCCUCCCAUACUGUGCAGCGGAAGGUCUCAGCGUACCCGUGCCAGGGCAGCACUAAACCUGCCUGGUUUGAAGGCAUGUGGUCAAAAAGAAGUCAAGUGGGCUCUUUUUUUUUUUUUUUUUUUCCUGUUAAAUGAGGGAUUUCCAUCAGGUCAGGAGAAACCAAGGCAGGGCAUGGCUUUAUGUGCAUUCUUAGCUGGCUGACUCAGGCUUUUCUGAGAACCUGUUUCACUCAUCGUGCUUUCCCGCUGCUGGCUGGAGCGAGGAACACGGUGUUGCUUGCUGGGAGGGUGUUUGCCAAGGGUGUGCUUGAAUGCGUGCGUCUGCCUUCAGGUAGUUUGGAGUAAGCCAGUCCAGCUCCACUCAUCGUGGCACUCUGAGCAAAGGGCUCCAUUGCCAGCCCUGUGGCCACAGAGGACAGUUUUCUCUUUGUGGAGCAGGCAAGGAAGUGUAGCCGGAUUGGGGGCUGCCCACUUGUAACCAAGGGUCCAUGCUUCGGACCUUCUUCACCUUUCCAGACCCUGUGUGGCCUGGCCAGGGCUGCGCUGGCAGUGGCUGUGCAACCUCCUUGGAUGUUCUGCUGUCCCAGCCAUGUUGUAAAUAGAUAUGAAUCAUAUAUAUAAAAAUAUAUCUAAUUUUUUACAUGUUCA